AACAACACUUCUUUAUCUUAAAUUGUAAUUUAAUUAUUUUAGUUGUACAAAAUACAAUUGAGUUGUACUCUUAUCUUACAAAAUAUAAUAACACAAGUUAUCGCCCUUCUUUUCUAUUUCUUAUUUGUACAUUUAAAACAAUCGGGGCCUUAGAAAGCAAGUGUGUUAUUGUAGCACAUUAACUGAGCAGGGAGGGGGCGCUGUUAAGUCAUCUCAACCGAAGGGGAUGAUGUGUUGCACUCUGACCUUGACAGUGGUAGUAGCGCUACACUGACGGAUGAGUACAAAUGCACCAUCACUGACUUUGGCAGGUUGAAUUUUUUUCAGCUGGUACAGGAAGUACAUCGUCUGUGCCUUCCUGAUGAAGUAGCUGAUGUUUAGCUCCCACUUUUAGGACCUGGGAGAUUAUGGUUUCAAGGAAGUGGGAGGACAUCACUGUCUCCACUGGGCAGGCCUGCAGGGUCUGUAUUAUGAUCUACUUAAAACUCCAAAUAUGCAGCUAGAGUCCUUUUUCAAAAACAAAAAGCAAACAAAAGAUUAGUAAAAAUUUAUGUUAUGCAAAAAAAGUAAACUUGGUAACAGACUAAAGGAAUAUUUCAUUCAAAAAAUGUAUGCAACAAGUAACGCAUGUUUGAGCAGGAUCUUAUCAGCUGCUGCUCUUUAUCACAUGUUGCACACACAUGGAAGAGUCUGCUUUAGGUGUGCUCUCAAUACCGGUUUAAGUUAAGGAGCUGCAUGGACAGAGGGUUUAGUGCAAAAGAUGCUCACCUGUCUGCUGACAUUCCUUCACCUGUAGAAACAUUGUGUUUGCAAGAAAAUGAAAUGAAAGCACUGAUUCGUUUGGCAGCUGCACUGUAUGGAUGGAUGGAAAUUGUUUUGUUUAGGCCAUAGUGUCUUGUUUUUAUGCACGAAUACCUGCUGUCAUAAGCAUGCUUACAGAGAAACUCAACUCAGCAUAUUUGGCAAGUAGUUAAAGUGGAACUGGUUAUGUUUCAUAUUGUUCUGGUUUUCAAAGAUGCAGGAAUACAAAAUCCUCACCACAGAGUUUCUUGACCUGGGUGCCACACUGACUGUCACUAUCAUUCUGCAGAUAGAUGCAGAUUUUGUGAGAGGGCCAGUUUCUUUUUCAAUUUUAGGCCAUUUUCAUUUAGAGAAGAUUCCUGAUUCCAGCUUGUCACAAUGUCUUGGGAUGUAGCAGUAAGAAUAAUAAUACUGUUUCAUGAGAAAAUGUGAUUUUAUUUGCAAUUUUGGUCAACUUCCUUUAAAAAAGGGGCCAAUACUUGCAGGCUUUUACAAUUAAAGUACAAGUACAGCACUUUCAAAUCUAAACAUUUAUUUUGCAUUUAAAUGCACUUCUAUGAAAUGUGAACAUAAUAAUAUUUAUAAUAGAUGAGGUGUGUUAAAACUCUCAGACUGUGAUCAAUUGCAGAUCUUUUUUUUUUUUUUUACACUAAGUUCUACUGAUUUCUCAAUGGAAAUACCACAGCAUUGUUAAAGGGAAACCUGUCAUUAGGAGGAGUCUACAUGCAUGGAAUGCGCCGAUACAUCUUUAAGACGCUACUGAAAAAAAUGGGUGGAUCAGUUUCUAGGAGGUUUUUUUUUAAAACCAAAGUUUGGUUCUCACUGUCAGUCAUUCACAGGUUAUAUGUGAGUUGUAAUCAGCUGUCAGAUUUUAAGAUGCAGCUGUGUUAGAAGCAGGCAGCGAGACAGGGAACAUGUCAGACACUCAGGGUGAGUCUAAAUACUCCUGCUGGGAUUUUCUCAUCACUUGUGUGGGCCUGCCCUUGUUUCUGACUGACAUAGGGCUGGAUAUAUGGGCCGCUGUUAUCUUCUACCAAGAAAAGGCAUAUGCCUGCCUCGGUGUUCUGCUGCUGCUACUUGUGGGGUCAACACUGCUGGCUCAAGCUUACAGCUGGCUUUGGUACAGCUAUGACAAUUUUGAGAUGAAGACAAAGGUUGAAGGCCUGCCUACCCAGAGGGAGCUCACAGUUCUGCACGUUUGUCAGCUCGGAGUUUACGUCAGGCAUGCAGGAGUCCUGGAAAUGGCAGUACGAAGCAUGUACAAUAGGCUCCCUGACCCUGAAAAAGGUGCCAGUACACCAGAAGAACAGAAACCUAAGACUGAGGACAUUACCGUGUCCUUGACCCACGAUCUGAGCAUGUUACGGAUCAUAGAGACAUUUUCAGAGAGCGCCCCUCAGCUCACACUCAUGCUCACCAUCAUUCUGCAGACGGGCCACCUGGAUCCUGUCACAGUGUUGAAGGCUAUCGGUUCAGCUUCAGCUAUCGCUUUUAGCGUGACGGCCUACCAUCGCUCGCUGCGCUCUUUCCUGCCUGACAAGGAGAAGCAGCAAAUAACCUCAUCAGUCAUCUACUUCAUCUGGAACCUGGUUCUCAUCUCUUCUCGCCUCACUGCCCUCGCUCUUUUCGCCUCCGUGCUGCCCUGCUUCAUCUUCACCCACUUCAUCUGCUCUUGGCUGGUUUUAUUCUUCUUCGCUUGGCGAUCCAAGACGGACUUCAUGGAAAGUCCUUGUGGAGAAUGGCUUUAUCGAGCCACUGUUGGCCUCAUUUGGUAUUUUAACUGGUUUAGUGUGGCCGGGGGGAAGACGCGGUACAGGACUGCACUCUAUCACGGGUAUAUACUGACUGAUAUUUGCAUCCUCUGUGCUUUUACGUCCUCGGUCUAA